CCAGCCAGCGCGCUGCCCUGUCCCCUCGAUCUCCGCACCCCCUUCCCGCCAAAACCAAACAACCCUAAACCCCCAUGCCCCCCGCCGCCGCCGGCCAUGCGCCGCCUCCUCCCUCUCCGCCGCUGCCGCCUCGCCGCCCCCGCCCGUAGCUCUUCCGACCAGUCCGCGAUGUCGCCCGCCCUACGCCCGGUUCCCUCCUCCCCCUCCCCCUCCCCGUCCCCGCCCCUCCGUUUCCCCGGCGCCGCGGGGUCCCUGCGGUUCGGGCGGCGGCUGUUCUCGUCCGCGACGGCAGCCGGCGGAAGGGAGGCGGGGUUUCCGGCGAGGGAAAGCGCGGAGCUGCUCGGGAUCCCCGGGGUCGGGCCGCGGAACCUAAGGAAGCUCGUCGACGGCGGGUUCAGGGAUCUCGCGCGGCUCAAGCAGCUGUACACGGAUAAGCCUGUGGGUGGGUCUACUGAGAAGAUGGUUCAGUUUUUGCAAAGUUCUGUUGGAAUCAUUCAUAAGAGCCAUGCAGAGAGCAUAACAUCCUUUGUGAAAGACAAUGUUGUUCGGGAACUGAAAGAGGAGAGUGAGGUGCCUGUCAUGCAACCGACCAAGGACAGGAGAAUAACCUUUUGUGUUGAGGGAAACAUCAGUGUGGGGAAGUCUACCUUCUUACAGAAGAUUGCUAAUGAGACAGUAGAGCUCCGUGAUCUUGUGGAGAUUGUACCUGAGCCAGUCUCGAAAUGGCAGGAUGUUGGUCCUGACCAUUUCAAUAUUUUGGGUGCCUUUUAUGCUGAACCGCAGAGGUAUGCCUACACAUUCCAAAACUAUGUGUUUGUAACAAGGCUCAUGCAAGAAAAGGAGUCCUGUGGAGGAAUAAAGCCGCUCAGAUUGGUAGAACGGAGCAUCUUCAGUGAUCGAAUGGUGUUUGUUCGCGCUGUUCAUGAAGCUAACUGGCUGAAUGGGAUGGAGCUUAGCAUUUAUGACUCUUGGUUUGACCCUGUGCUGUCAUCUCUCCCUGGCCUUAUCCCUGAUGGAUUUAUCUAUCUUAGAGCUACCCCUGAUACUUGUCACAAGCGAAUGAUGCUUCGAAGUAGAUCUGAAGAAGGAAGUGUCACACUGCAGUACCUGCAAGAUUUGCAUGAGAAACAUGAAUGCUGGUUACUGCCUUCUCAACAUGGGGAUCACAGACUAUUGUCAGCAAGCCAAUUGCCGUAUAGCAUGGACCACUCCUUGCACCCUGAUAUUAAAGACAGGGUGUUUUAUCUAGAAGGGAGUCAUGUGCACUCUAGUAUCCAGAAAGUUCCUGCUCUUGUACUGGACUGUGAACCAAAUAUUGAUUUUAGCCGGGAUGUCGAAGCUAAAAGAAAGUAUGCAUUGCAAGUUGCUAAAUUUUUUGAAUAUGUGAAGAAACUGAAGGAAGCUUCACCAGCCCAAAACGUUGAUGCAAAAGCCAAGAAUCCACAAAUCUUGCUUCCUCACAGUGGGUGUCCCAUUGUUACUAAGCAGAGAACAGUAGCUGAUGCUGCAUUCCACCAGUGAUUCCUGGGACAACGACGGCCUGUGCAGUGCAUGAGUGUUGAGCGUGUCUGCUAUGUACCCUGCAGAACGAAAGCAAAGUUAGUUCAAUGGAGACCUCUUGCUCUUUUUCCAGUGGAGGAAGGGUCUGGUUAAUGGUUUUUGCUAUCGACAAAUAUAGAGAACUGAUUGGUAGCCCUGCUGAGGUCAAUUGCUGGAUGGAGAUCAAGGGUCGCUAUGCUAAUGUUGCAUUUGCAAUGGUGCGUGAAGACAGCUGUGUUCUGAGGAGAAGAUGGGGUAAUGCCCACCUAAUUUAGCAUCUGGGAACAGUGUGAUUGCAGCAAACCACAGCAAUUGGUUCCUGAAUCACCAGACACUCUUGGUGUCCGGGUAACGAACCGAAACAGAUACCUCUCAGCUGAUAGCAUGACCCAGAGUAGGAAUAUUGUGACUUGGUCAGCUUGGAAAGGAGAAGCAGCUGAGUGUUCGGAUAACAAACUGAAACAGAUACUUCACAAUUGCUAGCAUGACCCAGAAUAGGAAUUUUUUGACUUGGUCAGUUGAGCAAUUUGGAAAGGAGUGGUUCUGGGAGCAACAUGCCGGUGGUGGGGUCCGCAUGUCAAUGACACACUCUAGGUGGCAUUUUGUGGUUUUUUCCCCUUCGUAUUUUGAACCAAACAUGUCAAGCAACACCCCCAUCACAGUGAAAUGAGAUGAUGUGGACCUCCAGUGU